GAGUGAAACAUGACUGAGGAUUCUCAGAGAAACUUUCGGUCAGUAUAUUAUGAGAAAGUGGGUUUUCGUGGAGUUGAAGAAAAGAAAUCAUUAGAAAUUCUCCUAAAAGUUGACCGUCUAGGGAUCCUGCCUCCACACCGUGUCCACGCCCCGGGGAUGAUGUAUCCUAAGGGGCAGUACUUGGAUGUCGUCCUUCAUGCCCUGAAAGUCGUUUGCUUUGUCAGCGAUGCCACAGCUCAGGGUGAAGUCUAUCUCCGCAUGUAUCUGCUAGAGUCUGGAAAGUUGCCUCAAAGUCCCUCCUCCCCGCUGAGGCCAGAAGAUGAAGUGUUUCUUGCCAUUGCUAAGGCCAUGGAAGAGAUGGUGGAAGAUAGUGUCGACUGUUACUGGAUCACCCGAUGCUUUGGGAACCAGUUAAACAACAAGUACCCCUUACCCCAGCUGCCAAAGGCUUUUGAACAGUCCUUGAAUCUGGAGGAUACCAGGCUGCCGAGUCACCUGAAGAUGUGUUCUGCAGUGUCCAGACUGCCUUAUGAUCUGUGGUUCAAGAGGUGCUUCGCAGGGUGCUUGCCCGAAUCCAGUUCUCAGAGGGUUUGGGAUAAAGUUGUAAGCGGAUCCUGUAAGAUACUAGUGUUUACCUUUAAACUAAAAGUAAUGGCACUGAACAGUUCAGAGAAGAUAACAACGUUUCUGGAAAAUAUUCCCCAGGACAGCGCAGAUGAAAUUGUGAGCAAGGCCAUCGACUUGUGGCACAAACACUGUGGGACCCCGAUUGAAACAGGAUUCUUGCUUUGGUGCUCAAAGUAUUACCUCCUAUAUUCCAGGGCCUUCUUCCUAAUCUCUGUCCUCACCAUACUCAUUGGUCUUGGCUGGCUCUUAAGUUCUUGCCUCCCUAGAAGAGGAAGCAUGACCACCAACUUGGAUCUGAAGGUAUCCAUGCUCAGCUUCAUCUCAGCCAUCUGCUUGCUCUUCUGCCUCAUCCUAUUUCUGGCACAGGUUCACUGGCACACCAGGGAUGCCAUGGAGUCAGACCUCCUAUGGGCCUAUUAUCUAAACUGGUGGAGUGACUUCUUAUACAUGUUUGCUGGGAUCAUCUCCUUCCUCAACUACCUAACAUUCAAAUCUCCUCCCCUUGAUCAAAAUGUCACUGCGAUUCCCACAGAGAGGUCAAGGCUGGGGAUUGGUCCAGUGACUACAGUAUCACCUGCUGAAGAUGAAGAGUCAAGGUCUGAGAUGGAAUCUCCAAGUGAUGAAGAGGAAAAACUAUCAAAUGCAGAACUACCAAGCACAGAACUACCAAACGCAGAAAUGUGA